AUGUCCCCAAUCCCAAUCCCAACCCCUCAAUUCGCCCCAACCCCGGCUGCUCCCAAUACACAAUACCCAUCCAACGGACCGGCGUUCUCACCACCAGUCUACACCUUCCUCGCAACCCUCGUUCUCCUCCUCUCCGUCUCAGCCGCCAUCGUCGUCCGCUCCUUCAUCCUCCGACGACGGCACCGCUUAAUGGUGGAAGAGGCGAUACGCAACGGCACUUGGGUAGCCCCGGCGCCACUCACUUCCCGUGCGAGUCGGAACGUGGAUUUGUCAAAGAAACCGAAGAUGUGGGAGGUUUAUCUGGGUCAGGGUGGGUUUGGGUAUGGUGAGAAGGGAGGAGAGGAGUAUUGCGCGCAAUGGGACGCCAUCCAACCGUUCUCAGCUGCCUACGUCACACCCACCACCUCGGACACUCAGGACGAUCAUCGAACAGGUUCGAACGACCAACUACCUCACCCUGCGACCACCACCACAUCCCCACCCCGACCCUUCUUCUCGCGCAUCAUGAACCGGACGCCAUCAUCUACAUCUAAUCCUUCUUCGUUCCCCUUGACCACACGCACGAAUACCAUCACUUCCUCAACAGAUGCCAAUAACGACAAUACCGAUACCCCAUCAACAACGAUAAUACCACCACUGGCACCCACCGGCCCACCAACCGUCCGCGUAGCUGUUCUCAUCGUCAUGCCGUUCCAACGAACACAACAAUCCCAUUCCCACUCAUCAUCUCAUUCCCGAUCACGAGUAACAUCGCCUUCAGAGGAGGAGGAAGAACAGCUGCCGUAUUUAGACGUAGGCGUCGCUGAGCUCCCGGUGCUCAGUACGGAUUCUACCGAGGCGACGGAUAGACGAAAGGAGAGUAUGGGGAGUCGGGAGAGCGAUGAUGUUUGA